ACGGCUACCCGAGACAACUACACGUUCGAAAAUAAAUCUUCCAUUCAAGCCCUGAUUCCCGAUCUGUUCGCAACCUUCUUUCGAAUCUGGGACGACCCAGGCUCGACUGAUGACUUCCUCAGCUUCUUCACUCCCGAUGCUCACCUUGUCUUCAGCCCAUCUGUACCUGCAAAAGGCCGGAGUGUAAUUCAACAAUUUAGUGACAACAUGAUCCAUCCUGAAGCGGGGCCUGUCGGGGCUCUCUAGCACACGGUGAACAACUGCCGGUUUCCUACAGAUGCCACGGCCGAGCGCGAGGAAAAAGAAGAUCCUCAUCACUGCAAUAUCUGUUAUAAGCGAAGGAGUGGCCAGAAGGUGGGUGGAAACUUCGCCAGCAUGGUGUUGCUCAAGGACAAUGAGCAAGGAAGACUGGAGGCAACAUUCCAUGAAGUAUAUAUCGAUACACUCGAGCUGAUGAAUUUCCUGACUGAGCUGGAGAAAGACGGAAAAUAA